AUGGCCAAAUUCGGCGGCAAAAAAUGCCGUCUGCUGACGGUGAUGAUGUUGACGGUGUUUUUCUUUUUUGUCGAAAUCGUUGUCGGUUACCUGACAAACUCGAUGGCCCUGGUGGCCGACAGUUUUCACAUGCUGGGUGACAUAGCGGCGCUUGUGAUAUCUUUCCUGUCGAUUAAGAUGUCUCCGAAGAAGUGGUCCAAAAACACUUUCGGAUGGGCACGAGCGGAAGUGCUUGGUGCACUAGUCAAUGCAGUAUUUUUGGUGGCGCUAUGCUUCAGUAUUACCAUCGAGGCAUGCAAAAGGUUCAUUGAGGUGGAGCAUAUUCAUAACCCAGAAUUGCUGAUCACUGUAGGAGUGAUCGGACUGUUGGUGAACUUGCUCGGGCUUUGCCUCUUGCACAAGCACGGAAGCGGAGGACAUAUGGGACAUUCGCAUGGUGGUGGCCUCUCCCAGGCAAAGCAAAUAGGCCAUUCGCAUGGCAAUCUGGGCAACACAGAAGAUAAUGAAAACAAAUCCUUCAUGUACCAACAGAAUGCCCCGACAGUUAAAAAAGCUUCCCACGGACACUCACAUGACUCCUCGCAGAUGAAUAUGCGGGGUGCUUUUCUGCACGUGCUCAGUGAUGCGCUGGGUAGUGUUGUUGUUAUUAUAAGUGCAAUAAUUGUAAAAUUCACCGACUGGAAGUACAAACUGUAUAUCGACCCAGCCUUGUCGGUUGGGCUUGUGGCGCUUAUUCUAAACUCGGUUUGGCCAUUGCUGCGUGAAUCUGCCCUUAUUUUGCUACAGACUGUUCCGACGCACAUACAGGUGGACGCGAUUCAGCGUCGCUUGCUGGAGAAAGUGGAUGGUGUGCUGGCGGUACACGAGUUCCACGUGUGGCAGUUAGCCGGUGAUCGCAUUAUCGCUUCAGCGCACAUACGCUGCCGCAAUCUGUCCGAGUACAUGAAGAUCGCGGAACGGGUGAAGGAGUUCUUCCAUAAUGAAGGCAUCCAUUCGACCACCAUUCAGCCGGAGUUUGUGGAGAUCGAGGCGCUUAAUAGUUACUCAGGCUCUGACGGGUUUUCGAAUAGUCUAAAUGGCAGUGCAACGCAGGACUGUUGCGCCUUAGACUGCCCAACUACGGACGAGAGUAGUUGUAUCAAAGCUACAUGCUGCCAAAACAACAAUAACAUUAAGAACCAACCGUCUUCACCGACACCUUCACCAUUUUUAUGCCGACAGAGAAACUCCAGAAGUGGGAAUGAUGUAGAAUCGGGUUCCCUCCUUGACCAGCACAAUCAAACAGCAUCGAACGAUGAUGCGUUGCCAAAAAAUACCACGGAAGUGUCCGCGAUAGUAGCGGCGAGCAAAAGCAGCCAUUUGCGACAGGCUGCAGAUUGGACAGAACAGCAGCGGUUCGGUCCGAGCAACAAAGCUGAGACAGAUUCGAAGAGAAACGUUCCCAACUUCUCCUCUCCGACCAUUGGUGCUGACGAAAGGUUAAUGUUUAGUCUCGAAUCUAGUAGGCUUUACCGAAGUCGGUGCAAUCGCGACUAUGAUUUGACUACUGAUUGCAAAAAUGAUGAUGAUCGUGAUCAGCAAAUAGAUGCUGGUAAGUUGAACUUUUCCCAGCAAAAUCAACCGGUUGAAAAGGAUGAACAUACUGGUGCUGCGGCUGUUCCUACCUCCCAGCAUUGCCGGCAGUACCCGCUAUCAACGAUGCCAGCAUCGUGUAGUUUGCUGGAAAGCUACGUGACCGGGACUGGAUCCCCGUUACGCAAUUUGUACUGCCAGUGCAAGCACCAUCACGAUGCAACACAGUGA